UCCCUCUCUUUCUGUCAGUCUUAUCACUGGUGUCAAAACUUUUUCUUACAGCAGACACACACAAACAGAAGCUUAAAUCUUGCUGUAUCAGAACAGCAAAGCAUGGAUUUGAUGGAACCAUUUUUCCUCUCUCUUGGUGCUGCCGUUGUUGUCUACUAUGGAGUUAAACUGCUGCUUUUCACUAGGAUGCUUUUUCCAAAACUGUGCUUUCCACUGCCAAAAACUUUCUUCACCUCUAUGGGCGAGUGGGCAGUGGUGACUGGAGCGUCAGAAGGCAUAGGAAGAGCCUACGCAUUUGCACUGGCUGAACGAGGAAUGAACGUUGUUAUCAUGAGUAGAACCAAAGCAACACUGGAUCAGGUGGCCAAGGAAAUAGGUGAGACCACAGGGCGGACUGUGAAAGUGAUAGCAACAGACUUCACAGAUCAAAAUGUCUUCGAUGAAAUAGAGGCUCAGCUGAAGGACCUCAUCGUUGGAGUUUUAGUCAACAACGUAGGUACACUACCCAGUUACAUCCCUUGCAAAUUCCUGGAGUUUGAGGAGCUUGACAAGGCAAUUACAAACGUGAUAAACUGCAAUGUGAAAACCAUGGCCAAGAUGUGCAAAAUGAUCCUCCCAGGCAUGACAAACAGGGGAAAAGGCUUGAUUUUGAAUAUUUCCUCUGGAAUUGCCACUAUUCCAUUCCCUCUAUACACCCUGUACGCUGCAUCAAAGGUGUUUGUGGAAAGAUUUUCGCAAGGUUUACAAGCUGAAUACAAAGACAAAGGAAUUAUUAUGCAGGCAGUAGCUCCAUUUGGGAUCUCCACUCGAAUGGCAGGUUACCAACAAACUAACACAGUGACUCUGUCACCAGAAGACUUUGUAAAAAGCUCCUUGCUGUACGUCCGAGCUGGAGACAAAACAAAUGGCAGCGUCUGUCACACACUUCUGGGCUGGUUACUGCAGGCCAUUCCCCUCAAGGCUUUCUAUUCAGAGUUUAUGCAGCACAGCCUGCAACACUAUGUCAAGAAGAAAAGAGCACAGAAAUCAUCGAGGGGUAGUUUACGCCUGUUUGGAGCUUUUGGAACAAUGUGGGUAAACUACCCUCAGGAAAGUACCUUUCUAAAUUCUAUUAUUUGGUUUUAAGUUCUUGUUUUUUAGAGGGAGGGAUAUCUCUGUGAUUUUAAAUUGACUGUAGGUGUGAGUGCGAGAAUGCUCCAUUGUCUAUCCCUCAGCAUCAGCCCUACAAUGAACUGGCAGAUUGUCCAAGGUGUAUCCUGCCUCCAGCUCACAGAGACCCUCUGCAGGAUAAAGCGGGUAUAGCUAAUGAAUGGAUGGAUAGAUGGAUGAUACCUCUGGUUUUUGAUCUUAUUAAAAAUAUGUUCAUGA